UAAUAGUUGUGUGGUUACUUGUCUGCUCCACAAUGCAUUCGUGGUUGCAUAGGCGUUACGUGUUGCGACAAGAGAUUUAGGAGGACAAGAGACCAGUUUUCGGUAUGGCAGAACACAGCGCGAAUGAUCGGCAGCCUACAUUCAACAAACCAAAGGUAGAGCUCCACGUACACUUGGAUGGCGCCAUCCGUCUCGACACCAUCCUUGAUGUGGCGAAGCAGCGCGGCAUCUCACUGGAAGGCAAUACAGUUCCCACCCUGAAAGCCCUCUGCACCGUGUCUGAGCCGGCGACCCUAACGGAGUUCCUGGGCAAGUUUAAUCAGUACAUGCAUGUCAUUGCGGGGGACCGCAAGGCUAUCAAACGGAUAGCCUACGAGUUUGUGGAGAACAAAGCCAAGGAGGGCGUGGCUUAUGUGGAGGUGAGGUACAGCCCCCACUUCCUGGCCAAUAGCGGAGUGGAACCUAUCCCCUGGGACCAGAAAGAAGGUGAUGUUACUCCAGAUGAGGUUGUGCGUCUGGUCAACGAGGGUCUGAGCGAGGGGGAGAAGGCCUUCAAAGUAAAAGCCAGGUCCAUUCUGUGCUGCAUGCGCCACAUGCCAAACUGGUCUAUGGAAGUAGUGGAACUGUGUAAGAAGUAUCGUAAUGAUGGGGUGGUGGCCAUUGACCUGGCUGGAGAUGAGUCGAUGAACUGUGUGGCUUACCCUGGCCACAGGAACGCAUAUGAGGAAGCUGUUAAAAGUGGAAUCCACAGAACAGUGCAUGCAGGUGAAGUAGGCCCUCCAUCUGUCGUCCAAGAGGCAGUAGAUGUCCUGAAGGCCGAGAGGAUUGGACACGGUUAUCACACGGUAGAGGAUCAAACUCUCUAUCGCCGCCUGCUGGAAGAAAAUAUGCACUUUGAGAUAUGCCCUGUGUCAAGCAAACUAACAGGAGCAUGUGAUCCCGAUUUCACCAAACACCCCCUCAUAACGUUUAAGAAGGAUAAGGCAAACUACUCCCUGAACACAGAUGAUCCCCUCAUAUUCGAUUCCACACUGGACACAGACUAUGAAACUGUGCAGAAAUACAUGGGCUUCACUGAGGAGGACUUCAAGAGGCUGAACAUCAAUGCAGCCCAGGCCAGUUUCCUUCCAGAAAAGGAGAAGAAGGACCUGCUGAACCUCCUAUAUGAUGCCUACAACAUGGUGGACAGCACAGGGAUGUAAAGUCAACAGCGGCAGAGAAACUGGAGUAUGUGAGAAAGUUCAGUGACUGAAGUUGCCCGUGAUGGCCCACUAGCUGCAGUACGCCUUACCACCCAGACAAGUGAUAAAUGAAUGGGUUUCAAUGGAGCUACCUAAAAUAUAUUUUUUCUCGUCAUUGUAUAAUUUUUUGCCCCAAAAUCUUAUCAAAUACGAAAUAAGUCCUAAAAAAGAACUGAUUUUCUUUUUUUGUGUGAUUGUUUUCGCCUCUAGAUUAUUAUGUACUGAGUCUGCAAGCUGUGAGGCCACAGAAUGCUAGCCAUUACAGGCCGUAAUCUUCUGCCCUGGUGGAAAAACUAAACACCCAAAGAACUUGACAUUGAAUGUACCUACUCUUAUAUAAUAUCAACCAUAGUUCUUAACAGAAAUAUGUAUUUACUUUAUGAGGUUGAUGACUUAAUAAUAAUAAUAAUAAUAAUAAUAAUAAUAAUAAUAAUAAUAAUAAUAAUAAUAAUAACUGUAUUUUUAUAGCACAUCAUAUACUACAAGGCAUGCAGCUCAAAGUGCAAAUAAAUAGAUAGGUAAAUAAGUAGAUGUAGAGAAAAUUA